UCAGCAGGAAAAGCGCGUCCUGGUCCGGAUUUAACUCAGUGGCCGAAGCUGUACCGGAGCACCGAGCGCUCCGCCGUCAAUCCAGUGUGCGUCCUAAACCCACCUAACGACCGACAUGCUCUCUCCGGGACUCUCCGUGUCUCUGCUGGCCGUCUCCUGCGCGCUGUGGCCGGCUGCGGUCCGGGCGGCGUCCUGUGAACCGGUGCGGAUCCCGCUGUGCCGGUCCAUGCCGUGGAACAUGACCAAGAUGCCGAACCACCUCCACCACAGCACGCAGGACAACGCGGUGCUGGCCAUCGAGCAGUUCGAGGGGCUGCUGGGUACUGGCUGCAGUCCAGAUUUGCUCUUUUUCCUGUGUGCCAUGUACGCUCCCAUCUGCACCAUUGACUUCCAGCAUGAACCCAUCAAACCCUGUAAGGCGGUGUGCGAGCGGGCCAAGUACGGCUGCGAGCCAGUGAUGAAACGCUACAACCACAGCUGGCCAGACAGCCUGGCCUGCAGCGAGCUGCCGCUGUAUGACCGCGGCGUCUGCAUCUCACCGGAGGCCAUCGUCAAGGCGGAGGGACCAGAUCCUUACUACCAGGACCCAUCCAGGUGUAACCCAGAAUCCAGUCCAGACUUUCCAAUGGACUCCAACAACUUCCACUGCAGAGGACCGAAUGGAGAUCGCUGCAGGUGUAAGACUGUCAGGAUGAGUUUGAAAACCUACGUGAAGAACAACUACAACUAUGUGAUCAGGGCGAGGGUGAGGGAGGUGAGGAACCGAGGCCUGGAGCCUACAGCGGUGGUGGACGUCAAGGAGGUGCUGAAGUCUUCCCUGGUCAACAUCCCCAAGGAGACUGUGACGCUCUACUACUCGUCCUCCUGUCUGUGUCCUCCUCUUGUUCCAGGGGACGAGUACCUCAUCAUGGGCUAUGAGAAUGAGGAGACAUCCAGGUUGCUCCUGAUUGACACCUCCAUUGCUCAGAAAUGGAAGGACAAAAUGGGCAGAAAGGUCAAGAGAUGGGAUCAGACCCUGCAGGGACGAGGCCGAGCAACUCUGCGCCGGAGUCGCCACUGAGCUCUGACUGUUAGUGUGUGUGGUUGUGUGUGUGUGUGUGGUUGUGUGUGUGUGUGUGUGUAGAUAUUGCACUAUCACAGGCUGUUCUAGCUGAAUGUAGUUCAUCUCUUCAUCUAUCAGACUGUUUGGAUUUUUUUUGUCAUUUAUUUUCUUUGCACAAACAUUAUUUAGUGUGCGUUUAGUGUGUUUGUGCAUGUGUGUUUAUACACCAAAAGCACUCAGUUAAGACAUGAGAGGGGCAGAGCUUCAAAGCUGUAGUACCUAACCUACGCACAGCCAUAUAGUAUGUACAUGACACCUUUUUUUUGGGAGAGGAAUUUUCUUUGUCACCACAGUUUCUCUACGGGGCUCUAGUUUUUGUAAACCCUGGAUGUUGGCCAUGUCACCAUGGCAACGAGCUGGAGGAUGUUUAAAUGAUAUAAAGGCCAUUGGGACUUGGACAUUUGGACCGUGACAAAUCUGUAGCCACGACAUGAACUUCACUGAACUCUGCAGAAAAUGAAAGAAGAUUAUUCACAUUUUGUUCAGACGACAGAGAGAAACAACAGCUGCAUGAGAAACAACUGCAACCUGGGAAACAAGAGCAGCAGAGACUUUCCUCACUUCUUUAGUAUUGUGAGAUCCAGCUGUGGAUGGACUAUUAAACAGGCCUACCACAGACCUGGAGGCACAAGGUGGCAGGGGUCCUUGGCUGUAAACAUUUGUUUUGGGGAAACUCAGUCUUGUAACUGCAAAGAGAAGCAAAUUGACAAAUACGAAAAACGACUACAGAGACACACAGAAUGACAAAAAUUACAUGCAAAAUAACAAAGAACACACAAAAUGACUACAAAUAGGCAAAACAAAGGAUGCACAAAAUGGCUUAAAAAUUACUAAAAAGAUACACAUACUGACCAAAAAAAUGACAACAAAGAGACAACUGAUGACUACAAAAAGAAAUGGCCACAAAGACAAAACAAGGAGACACAAAGCAACGACAGAGGGACACAAAAUGACUACAAAGUUAAACCAAAUGAUGUCUGACACAAAUUGACCACAAAGAGAUAUGACGGUAACAAAAGUGUUGUGUCUUGCGCUGUGGUAGUUGGUUUAGUCCAUCCAUGGAUCAUUUGGACUAGAAAUCUACAUGCGCCAUGUUGAAUUUGAAAUGAUUUGGUUGUGCUGCUCUGUGCGAUCUGUGGAUUUUAACCCUUUUUAUUAAGUUUUAACAUUUUCUUUUGGUUUCUGUUACAACGUUUAAAGGCACAAAAUAUGUGUUUGUGAUGCAUUUCUUGAUAUUGGAGGGCAAAAUGUUGGAAAAGUGUAAAUUAUGUCACAUUUCUAUUAAAUCUGCACAACAGGUCA